CCAGGAAGUAACUUCGACCCUAUACUAGUGGAGGAGCUGACUCCAGUCGGGAACUGGGCGCUUUAACCUGACUUUACUAAGUGCCAUCGUCACAUCAGUACCUUCCAGUCGUCUUGUCAUGAACUGACAGCAGCUUCCCUUCCUUCCAAUUGUGACUACUUUUGCCCUCCUACAGGUGAAAAAUGUUGCCGAACAUUAAGGACUGCAACUCUUCCCGGAGCUGGUUCUGCACAGUGCUGGACGUGGAGGUGCAAACCUAGGAUGAAUCACUGGCAGAAAUUUAGAUAACGGCAUCAUGUUUCGGAAAUGAAGAUGCACUCAAGUCGGACCAGAUCUGCUGAUCUGCUUCGAACAGAACUCCACAUUGUUCCUGAAUCAGACAACUGCAAGUAUACUCAGAUCAAUUUUGUUUGGUUCAGCGUCCAAACAGGUUUACCAUGAUCAUCACCCUCGUCACGACCACAGACAGUGGUCUUGAAGAUGAUGCUACGAUCGCCUUUACCGUCAGCCCGCACACUUCUGAGCCUUUCGCCAAUUCUACGGUCCCGAUUGCUUGGAAACAGGUACUGACGUUCCAUGCCGAUGAGGGAUCAGAAGUUCAGGUUGAACUCAAUCCGAUUCGUAGAAUCACAGUUGUGACUACUCACGCUGGUCGUCACCCAGCCCAGCGGUUUGUGACAUAUUCAGAUAAAGGUGCCGGACUUGGGGUCUGUACGCGUGUCUUUUGUUUCGAUGGUUUUGAUUCACGUCGGUCACAGCCAAACCACUACGCUUCGUAUAUGGGAGCAGGACAAUGGAGCUCAGAUUCGAUUUUCAAUCUGGCACCGAAUACAUCGUUCGCUAUCAAUCGCGAUCAAGAUGAACACAUCUUCAGCGUCGGCUCGAGCUCCACGAAGACCCAGUUCGAACCCAUGAUGCUUCUUCCAAGCUUGAAAUACAAGCAAGGCGUGAUCUUCCAGUUCCCCAGUAGCAUCCAAGCCUAUAAAGUUGAUUCCACUUGCGUCGUCGGUCAGAUUCUUACCAAUCUCGGCCCUGGCCUGUUUACUCGAGACGGAUCUCCUGCACCUCUUGACACUCAAAACCUCAAAACUGACGUCAGCUACCGAUUGUACAAUAGAGCCGACGGGAGUCUUGGUCUUCAGACCAUUCAUUCUCAUCCCAUCCGUUUGCCCCAAAGUACACUCCCCAAUAUGGACACGAUAGCGAUGUCCCCUAAGUUUUUGGAAGAACUUGUCACUCCUCCUCGAACACCUCCGCCAUCGAGAUUGCCAUCUCCGUCCAACGGGAUAUUUGGUCGAGCCACGCGCUUCCUUGAUCCACUACACACACCUCCGCGAACGCCCCAGACUCAGUUAUCCCCAUCGUUGCAGCCCACGAUCACAGCACCUACCACGUUUCUAGAGCCACUUCCGUCGCCAACUCAUGAAAUGAUCAGGUUCUAUGAAUGAAAAGGAUCUACUGAUCUAAUCAAUUGUCUAGAAUCUGUAUGCAGACUGUUACGAUUUCGUCAAUGUAUCGCUACUUUACUGAUGAAAGCUAAAGGAAAGGACUUUCGACUCAUCAAUCAACCGGACAGCGAUGGCUGAACGCGCAUACCCUGUAUGUGUAAGUCAUCAGGCCUUUCUUGCCGCAAGUGUUCAAGUCAGAGGACUAUCGCGAGCGGCCAUCGAGAUGCAUGCAGAGGGUGGCCAUUGAAAGACGAGACAGUUUGUGACCUCGGAGAAAUCUCGCAUACUUGAAUUGGUGUACAUCAACUCGCCGGAGCCAAGUCCAUACAUACCAUUGCCAGACUUGCUCUUUUCAAUAUUGGUAGGAGGUUGCCAAUAUGUCGGAUGAUGUAUAGCAGGCCCGAAAGUGUCACUCUUGGGGAACAUAACUUGUAUAUACAUUCAAAUUCCAGUUGCACGAGAUACAUCUUCACAGGCUAUUGUA